CAUUAACCUUGACCACUGAGGCUGAACCAAGGAUUGGAAGACACCCUACUUAGGGGCCGUUCCCAAACAACCUCCUCCAUUCACAGCAGCUGUGAGCUGGAGGCUCUACCCUGUCCCCACCAUCUUCCCUUAUACCCUGAGUUACUGUUUGGGACUUUGGAGCUGAGCACCAUGGGGACUCCAAAUGACCAGGCGGUGCUCCAGGCCAUCUUCAACCCUGAUGCUCCAUUUGGAGACGUUGUUGGGUUGGACCUGGGAGAAGCAGAGACAGCUGAUGAAGAUGGAGUCUUCCCUCAAGCACAGUUGGAGCAGUCCAAGGCCCUGGAGUUGCAGGGAGUGAGGGCAGCUGAAGCUGGGGACCUCCACACAGCCCUGCAGAGGUUUGGUGAAGCCAUUUCCCUGCUACCCGAGAGAGCCUCAGCCUACAACAACCGGGCCCAAGCCCGGCGGCUCCAGGGGGACGUGGCAGGCGCCCUGGAGGACUUGGAGCGCGCGGUGACGUUGAGCGGCGGCCGGGGUCGCGCUGCCCGCCAGAGCUUCGUGCAGCGCGGGCUGCUGGCGCGAUUUCAGGGCCGUGACGACGACGCCCGCAGGGACUUCGAGCAGGCGGCACGACUGGGCAGCCCGUUCGCGCGGCGCCAGCUGGUGCUGCUCAAUCCGUAUGCCGCGCUGUGCAACCGCAUGCUGGCGGACAUGAUGGGGCAGCUGCGCGCUCCUACAAACGGGCGCUGAGCGCGGCCGGCCGGAUGAAGGAGAGGGGAACUCUGACCCAACCGGGACCCAAUAAAACUUCCGGACUCCCCGGCUGCGUCUGCU